AUGAUCUUAACUGGAUUGAUCCUUGACACAUUCGCUUCAAGCCAAUUUAUUGCGUUUUGUGUGGAUUCCAAUUUCGUUGAUCGCGAUUAUUGCUGCAAGAUCCUGGUCAGCAUCGAAAACCCAAAUGCGUAUAUGUGGAAUAUUACCAUUAGAGGGUUUUCGGAAAGCGAGGAUCCCAAAGAGGCUCUUUUGCUGUAUAAGCGGAUGCUCGGGAUGGGCUGUCGGCCCGACAAUUACACGUUCCCCUUGUUGCUCAAGGCAUCCGCUCGAUUGUCCGCCAUCAAGUUGGGUGCCGGGAUUCUCGGGCAUGUUUGGCAUUUGGGCUUCGAUUCGGAUGUCUUUGUCCGCAAUGCGACUAUUCAUAUGUUUGCAAUGUGCCGUGGAUUGGGAGAUGCGCGUCUGGUGUUUGAUGGAAGUUGUGUGAGAGAUUUGGUUUCUUGGAAUUCUAUGAUAAAUGGCUAUGUACGGAGUGGGCGGGUGGAUGAGGCGUUGAAGCUUUUUUGGGAAAUGGAGGGAGAAGGGGUUGAGCCUGAUGAGGUGACAAUGAUUGGGGUAGUUUCGUCUUGUGCCCAAUUAGGAGAUUUGGAGCUCGGAAGAGGGUUUCAUCACUACAUCGAAGAAAGAGGAUUGAAAUUCACCAUAGCUCUCAGUAAUGCUAUCAUGGACAUGUAUGUGAAGUGCGGGAGUUUGGAGCAGGCAAGGCUAUUGUUUGACAAAAUGCCGAGAAGAACUGUAGUUUCUUGGACUACAAUGGUUGUGGGGUAUGUGAAGUUCGGUUUUCUGGAUGCUGCUAGGGAGUGUUUUGAUGAAAUGCCCGAAAGAGACGUCGUGAUGUGGAAUUCCAUGAUUGCUGGCUAUGUACAACACAAGCGAGGCAAGGAUGCGCUAGCUCUGUUUCAGGGAAUGCAAGCUACAGGUGUAAAGCCCAAUGAGGUUGCCAUGGUUAGCCUGUUGUCUGCGUGUGCACAAAUCGGAGCGCUCGAGACAGGGAUAUGGGUUCAUCACUAUAUCGACAGACACAGGAUUCCUCAAACUGUGGCAUUGGGCACGGCUUUGGUGGACAUGUAUGCUAAGUGUGGGAAAAUCGAAAAGUCGCUCCAAGUGUUUGAAAAGAUCCCCGAGAGGAACACGUUGACGUGGACGGCCAUGAUUGGUGGUUUGGCCAUUCAUGGGCGUGGACGAGAUGCUAUAAGCUACUUCCUGAAGAUGAUUGAUAUCGGUUUGACCCCAGACGAGGUUACAUUUGUAGAGGUCUUAUCAGCUUGUUGUCACGCCGGAUUAGUAGAUGAGGGUCAUCGAUUCUUCGAUCAAAUGAGCACAAAAUUUGGCCUAUCUCCGAAACUCAAGCACUAUUCAUGCAUGGUGGACCUUCUUGGCAGAGCUGGGCUUCUAGAUGAGGCAGAGGACCUGAUCAAGACCAUGCCCAUGAAGCCGGAUGCUGUGGUGUGGGGAGCCUUCUUUUUUGCUUGUAGGAUGCAUGGUAAUGUUGUGAUGGGAGAGCAGGCCGCAUCAAAACUCUUUGAAUUGGACCCUCAUGAUAGUGGAAUAUAUGUGCUGCUUGCGAACAUGUGUAUGGAAGCGAACAUGUGGGGUGAAGCUAGGAAGGUGCGGGCCGCAAUGAGAGAGAGAGGGGUGGAGAAGACUCCUGGCUGUAGCAUGAUUGAGGUGAAUGGCAUUGUUGAUGAAUUCAUUGUCCGAGACAAAUCACACCCACAAACCAAACAGAUCUAUGCAUGCUUGGUGCAGCUGGCCAAACAAUUAGAGCUGGCUGGAUAUAUGCUUGAUGAUUCUCAAAUCAUGUGA